UCCUCUUCCCCAUCACUGCUGCUGCUGCUGCUGCUCUGCUCCUCCUCACCUCCUCCUCAUCAUCAUCAUCAUCUUCUUCUUCUUCCUCUUCUUCACAGGAGGAGCUGACUUGAUGCGCACAAUAAAUCAUUUUCUGCAAGAUUCACUCCGAUCCCAGCAGAGCUGCGUUUGUUGGAUUCCAGAGGAGAUUUGAAACACAGAAUUGAGAGUGUUUCAAAUGUGAUUCAGCACGGCAAACAACGUGGGUGUUGUGCGGAUGUGUGUGUGCGCGCGCGCGCGGGUGUGUGUGUGUGUGUGUGUUUUGGUGGGGAGCGAUAUGAAGCGCGUGUGUUUCUACGUCCUGCGUUAUGGCGUGUGGUUAAACGCUGACUGACCAGCGGCUCAGAGACCUUGCUCCUUCUUCUUCUUCUUCUUCUUAUUUUUUUUUUUCCUUUUUUUUUGUAACGACGUUUCCAUGGAGGAUCAAUGUGUCGCUUUAUGCGCGAGGACUGAAUUCGGUUCCUGUGGCUCUCAAGAUAUUUCAAGAUAAGAGGUCAAGCUCCCCUCCCUCACUGAACAAGAGUGCCAUUUCAAAGCUUAUUGGAUGAGAGUUUCAUUUGCCCUUGGCUGCCAAAGAUGACGUUGCUAUGGAAACAGUUUCUGCUGUUAUCAAUCAUUGACCGUCUGGCAGACUGUCUAGACAGUGGAUCAUAUUAUGGACCACGAUGGAGGAUGGAGCCAGGUGACUUGUUCAUUCCUGUCGACUCCAUAGAAGAAGAAGCCACUCUGACCUGCGACGCUAAAGGGACGCCACCUCCUCAGUACAGAUGGUCACUGAAUGGGACCCUCAUCAAUCUGGGCCAGGAUCGCCGGCGGCGGCUGUCUGGAGGGAACCUCAUUAUAAGCAGUCUGGACCGCCACCAGGAUGUAGGGAUGUACCAGUGUAUGGCCUACAACACUGUAGGAGCUAUCCUCAGCAGGAGAGCAAGUCUACAUUUCGCCUAUUUAGAUCAUUUUAAAGUCCAUACCAGAAGCGCGGUGUCAGUCCGAGAAGGACAAGGAGUGGUGUUACUUUGUGGAACGCCCACUUCCUCAGGAGACCUUACUUAUGCGUGGGUCUUCAAUGAGUACCCAUACUUUGUUCAGCAAGACAAUCGGCGCUUCGUCUCGCAGCAGACAGGAAACCUUUACAUCGCUAAGGUGGAGCCCUCUGAUGUGGGUAACUACACUUGUGUGGUGAUGAACAGCAUCACAAAGGGCAAAGUUCAGAGCUCACCUACGUCCCUGGUCCUCAGGACAGACGGAGUGAUGGGUGAAUACGAGCCAAAAAUAGAAGUUAAUUUCCCAGACAAUGUACCCGCCGCUAAAGGAUCAACAGUUACACUGGAGUGUUUCGCCCUUGGGAAUCCCGUCCCAGAGAUCACGUGGAAGAGGGCUAACGGCAUUCCCUUCCCCAGCAAAGUCAAAAUGAAGUACUCCAACGCCGUGCUGGAGAUACCCAGCUUCCAGCAGGACGACGCAGGAGGAUACGAGUGUUUGGCCGAGAACAAGAUGGGGAAGAACACCGCCACCGGUCGUCUGGCUUUCUACGCCAAGCCUCAGUGGAUCCAGACCACGAAGGACACAGCCCUGGCCAUAGAGGAGAGACUAUACUGGGAGUGUCGAGCCAACGGCAAACCCAAACCCUCCUAUACGUGGCUGAAGAACGGCCAACAGCUUCUCCCGGAGGACAGGAUCCGUGUGGAGGACGGGGUCCUGUCGGUGUCAGUGCUGACCCUGUCUGACGCCGGCAUGUACCAGUGUGUGGCAGAGAAUAAACAUGGCGUCAUAUAUUUUGCUGCCGAACUGAUGGUUUUAGCCUCUCCUCCAGACUUCACAGGGAACAUUCUGAGAGCUUUGCUCAAAGCCAAGGCGGGAACAACAGUGGCUUUAGAGUGCAAACCGCAGGCCUUUCCCAUCGCCAGCAUUUUAUGGAAGAAAGGAAACCUGCCCAUCCACACCAAUGACAGGAUCACACUCUCCCCAGAUGGAACGCUGAGGCUUGCCAACGUUAGCAAGUCUGAUGCAGGCAGCUAUACAUGCUUCGCUAGGAAUAGAUUUGGCAUGUCAAGUACAACCGGAAGGCUUCUUGUUACCGAUCCGACUAGAAUCCUGCAGGGGCCAGUGGACAUGGAGAUCAUUGUGGGCGAGAGCAUAGUGUUACCAUGUCAGGUCGCCAGUGACCCUGUCCUUGACGUUUCUUUCUCCUGGGCCUUCAACGGACAGCUCAUCGCCAAGGGAGAUGGUCACUUUGAGUUAGUGGGUGGGAGAACAGCAGGAGAUCUGAUGAUCAGAAACAUUCAGCUUUACCAUGCCGGCAAAUAUAUCUGCGUGGUGGACACAGACGUGGAGAGCCUGUCAGCCGUGGCUGUAUUGAUUGUGAAAGGCCCCCCCAGCCCUCCAGACUCUGUGACUGUGGAGGAGGUGACAGACAGCACAGCCCAGCUGACCUGGAGCCCGGGCAGAGACAACGGCAGCCCCAUCACCGAUUACCUCAUACAGACCAGGACUCCCUUCACAGUGGGCUGGCAGAGGGUUAACACCGUCCCUGAGAUAAUUGAUGGGAACACACUGACAGCCACUGUGGUGGAUCUCAACGCCUGGGUGGAGUAUGAGUUUCGGGUUUUGGCCAAGAACAGUGUUGGUGUUGGGGAGCCAAGCCCGGUGUCUGUCAAGACCCGCACAGAGGAUGCAGUUCCCGAUGCAGCACCGGGUGAUGUCGGUGGAGGAGGGGGGAGCAGGUCUGAACUGGUCAUCACAUGGGAGCCUGUCCCUGAAGAACUACAGAAUGGUGAGAGCUUUGGUUACAUCAUUGCUUUCCGUGCCUUCGGAGAAGUCAGCUGGACCCACGUGGCCACCUCUGCCCCCGGAGCGUCGCGCUAUGUGUACCGCAACGACAGCAUCACGCCCUUCUCUCCAUUCCAUGUCAAGGUUGGCACUUACAACAGCAAAGGACAGGGUCCCUUCAGCCCGGUGGUCACCAUCUACUCUGCAGAGAUAGAGCCAAGUGGGAUGCCAGCAGGCGUUUGGGCCAGAAGUGUCUCUGCCUUUGAGAUUGAGGUGAAUUGGCAGGCGCUCUCCUUCACCCCUGAAAGGGUUCUGGGCUAUGAGGUGGUUUACUGGGAAGAUGACACUAAACCAGAGACCAUGGGGAAGGUCAGGGUGCCUUGGAACCAAACGUCGGUCACAGUGAGUGGCUUGGCAGGAAACACGCAGUAUUUCCUAACAGUCAGCGCCUUCAACACAGCAGGCACCGGGCCCUUCCUCCCUGCAAUCAAUGUCACCACAAAAAAGCCACCACCAGCCCAACCUCCACAAAACGUUGAAUGGACCCUAAUUGGCUCUCAGCUGUCUCUUUACUGGGAGCCCGUGGCGGCAAUGGAAUCUGAGGGUGAAGUCACAGGCUACCAGCUGUCAUACAGGAGACAGAGACACAAAGAGGUAAACACGCUCACAACAGCCAAUUCCACCGCAGAGCUGACCCUUCCCGAAGAAGAUGACGACUACAUCAUCUACAUUCAGACAGUGAGCGAAGGAGGGCUCGGCCCGACAUCGGAUCCCAUACGAAUCCACCAAUUAAGUAUGAGCGCCCGUGGCUCGAGAGCUUGGAGCGUGGACAUCUCAUCCCUCCCCCUGCUCCUCACCCUUGCAAUAUCAACAUUCAGGUCAACGUCAUGACACAGUGACAGACUUUGUUCUCCUUUGUUUAGUUCCUUCUUGUUUCUGUUCAUCUCUUCUCUGGCGCUGCUGCCGGAAUUUGCAGAUAUGAGGAAGCACAAAAGUGGAGUGUGCUGUCAGAUACUUAAUUAACAGUAAAUGCUUGUGGUUUUUUUUUUUUUUUUUUCCUCUUUUCGUUUUGAUAUUUUUGCUGGUUGGGAACAAUGCUCCAUUUUAGCCAUUUUCUUUUGGACUCUAGAAUGAUAACAGAUGCCUUACUUCCAUUCAUGUGCCAAAGUAGUUUUCAGCCUUCUCAUUGUUGUCGCUAAAAUAGCCACAUGCUUUCCUCAGUACUUUAUUCUGCACGGUUUCUUAUUAUUGAAGGUCUCGGCGUACUUUACAGAGGGCCAUGAUGGGAUGUUGUACAUUGUAUUUUUGAAUAUUUUAGGAUUUCUUCUCCUAAUGAUUUGGCGAGUCGGAACAUGCUCAUUCACCCGUGCCUGUGCCUUUGGAGAUCCUCGUAACGGCGUCACUUAUAAACACGAGUCAGUGAUGGGGUUUCCGAUCAUCCUGCAGCCAUGUUCAUCUUUACACGCGUUCAAUUCCAGUUCAAUCCCACGUGAAACUCAUAGAAUAGCCCUCAGUGCCAUUUAAUAUUUGUCAUUUGAUCCUGGAAAGCUGAAUGUACCGUGGAGGCUCCACUGAUUGGUUGAUUUGACUUUGCCUAUAUACAGCAGUACGGGGGUAUUUCUGGUAUUUACAGGUAUUACAACCAGCCAAUCAAGAAAUAUGUAUCAAUGGCAAUCAUAGAAGUCAUUUGUCAAAAGGAACUCCACACAUCCACUGGUUCCAGCUUCACAAAUAUGAGCAUUUGCUGUUUUUUUAAUGAAGGGUAUAAUAUCCACCAAGGUGUUUGUUCUAUUACAAUCCACAAAGUCCGCCUUGGAAUGUACUAACCCACUUAAGACUGUGGUCAUUUGCCAAAAAACUUCUAUAAAACCAUCACAAUCAAAAUAUCAGUCAUUCAGUUAGUCACGUAUAAUUUACAUCCCACCUUUACACGGAGUAGUAGUUACAGUAAUAUCAGGAAAUAUGCAGUAAUACCAGUAUCUUAAGAUAUACGUAGAUGAGCACCAAAUAGUUGAUUGUCGGAGUAUUUCAGUCCAUCUAGUUCAAAUGAGUUCAAAUCCUUAAUCAUUCUAAAUACACAUAAUGUUUGUUAUCAGAUGAGAAGACCAGUAUCACUCUUACUAGAUAUGGACAUAAAUCUGAGCGUGGCAUAAAGACUGGGGUCAAGAAGUUCCCCUUGUCUUUGUCCAGUGUCCAGAAAAAACAACUAUCUGCACCUAUGUAGCUCACUAACUACCAUCUUCUAUCUUCUAUGUUGCCUCGAUUUGGGACCAACGUCAUUCAUCAGAACCGCUACAGUGCUCCAUAGUUAAAGCAAAGACAUGAGGGUGCUGUUGAUUUUUUCAUCUAACUCUGAACAAGAAAGAGGAUAAGCACAUCUUUCACACAUGUUGAGCUAUUUUGUUUAAAGCAUAAUUACACUGAAGGCACUAAAAUCAUGAAACAACAACGUUACAAUAUGAUCAGAGCGUUCUUGGAAACUCUUGGAGAAGUCAUUUGACGGACACAUUUAAAAACCAUAUCUGCGAGUGAGGAGUUUGUUGUUAUCAAGUUUCAUCUCAAGGCUGGACUUCCCUACUUCAGUCACCUGACUGUGGCUGUGUCAGCUGAUCAGCAGCAAAACUUAUUUUUUACUGAUUAAGACUUGAGAUUUGGUCCAAAGCAAUGUUGUCAAGUGGAAUUUGAGUAAAAGAUUAUUUCAUAUAAAUACUUAAAAGUCUGGUGCACUAGUUUCUAAUCACCGAAACAAUGAGACACAUUUUGUGCUAUUUUAACUGUUAAUAGGGAACACGACUUUCUGAUUGGUCAAUAAUGAAAACAAUCAUUAUUUGCGGCCUUAUCCUGGAUACAUGUGUGCAGUCAGUGCCAGUCAGUGUGCAUCAUCUGCCCCGACAGUGGAGACGAGGGGUUUAAAGUGCUGCCUAGUGUGCCAGUCUGAUAAAUUAAAUCUAGCCACCAGCUUAGAUGUUACUUGGCAAAAAUGUAUGGUCAGCUGUGUUUUAAUGUGUGACUCUGUUCUUUGUCGUCGGUCGUAUUGGCUUUUUUUAUGCGAUAUGUGUUGUCAUUGUUCGUUCGUGUACUUCAGCGUAAGCGCCCCACUGCUCAGGUAUACAGACCUGCUUCAUUGUAUCUUUGAACCGCUCACAAAUGGCAGGAGCAGACCGAUCACAGGUCCGUCAGCACAAGGCACGAGGGUCUCUUGAACAGUCUGACUUGAUGAAUGGAAAGCCUGGUGUGUGCCACGAUUGAGCCGACAUGAAAGCAGUUUAAUAAAUGAGUGCAGGCCUGAGGGGGGCCACUGAGGUAAAGGGCAUAGGAGUAAUGGUACUAAUGACACCCACACAAGACUAAUAUAUCAGGAUUCAGGGAGGACUAAAUCAGUGUGUGUGUGUGUAUGUGUGCAAAUGUGCGUGCAUGUUUGUGUUACCUUACCCCACAGUGUCACAGACAAGUGUUUUAGGAGGACCAUUCAGCUAAAAACCUCUGGAAAUUGUUCAAAGCCCUUUCUUUUUUUCCUCCUUGGUUCAUGGCUCUAAACAGCUGAAGAGUCACAGAUGUUAAAAUGGAGUGAAAGAAGGUCACAAAGGGAAGUGUCGAGAAAAAUUGAAGCAGAGCAAGUGUCUGUUCUUCUGUCAAAAGUGCAAUGGAUUGCUAGUGCACAGGAAAAAGUGGUCAUGGGGCACCACACAUGAUUACAAUUUUAUUAAAUGUGAAAAAUUAGUGUAUUACCUUUGGGAAAGCAGUCUUUGAAUCCUGUUAUUUUGUUGUUGUGGCUUAAUGUGUGGUUAAUCUGUAUCCAUUCUUUCAUCACACACUGUCAUUGUUGAGCUUACAGAUGUUUACACAGGAAAUGCAUCUUUCUGGCUAAUUCAUUAAUGACAUGGACUGAAAAAAAGACAACAGUACACACUUUAUGAACUUGUGUCUUGGAAACAUACUAGCGUCGCCAACCUCUUUGUUUUGUAUUGUAUCAGUACUGUGAGAUGUUUAGAUUUUAACUUUGAUUUUCUUUUUUUCUUUUUUUUAAAAAUGUUUGCUAUGGUUCCUGAUUGUUUAUUUCGUACUUUCCUCCAAAUAUUCUGCACAAAGGUCAAGUGUCAACCCUUAAAAAUGCCAAACAAGAAACAGUGUUGGUUAAUUUAAAAGCGAGGGCAAUGUGAGACCCCUCUCUCUCUCUCUCUCUCUCUCUCUCUCCCUCUCCCUCAUACAGUUUACUUGACAUACUGUUUGUUUGUUGUGCUCUGAAGCAAAGUCCCUAAGUGGGAGACAAAAAUAUGGUGUCCUACUUCCAAUUCUAAUUCCAAUUAAAAUGAAUAAAAAAAAAAAAACAUUUCCGAGGAGCUGUUAUCAAACAGCCAUUUGGUGCAGUGCCACGCAGACUACCUGUUACAAGGUGGUAAAUCGGUGCAGUUUGUCUUUUUAUACAAAUAACCUUUACCGUUUUCUUGCUCUUUUCAGAAUGAAUCAGAAAAUCAAAUCAAAAGGACUUGUAAUUCCAUAAAGACUGAUGAAAAACCACAAUUACCGCUCUGGGUGACAACGCUUGGCCUUUCUGUUGUGACUCCACAGUAUUUUGAUGUCCUUCUGAUCUCCGUGAGAUCGUGGCUUAAACUUUUUCACAAUGAAAAGAUGUCGGCUGAUCUUGAUAUGCUGAAGCUGUGCAUGUGUGAUAUUGUUUGGUGCAUUUGUGUUUUCUAAAUGAGGGAGUUAAUAAAAACAAUUCACUGAG